UUUUGAUUGGUCAAAUUAUCAGCGAUACCGGAGCGGGCUGUGCAACACUCACUCUUUGACAACUUUCUCUUUGUACCAUUUAUACUUUUUACCGGUUAACUACUUCAUAAUUUAUUUCACUGUGGUGGGUUAGUAUCGUGGCUCCAUGCGAAAUAGCACCGCUAGCUUUCAAAACGUUCUUUUAACUAAAUGUGACAAGACGCUCAGAUGCAGUGGCGGAACGAGCUUUUAUUUUAGCUUAGCAUGCUAACUCCUAUUGGGAACACGGCUAGUUAGCGCUAGCUCGGCUAACGACGGCAGCAGUGCCUACAAACAAGCAUGAACUGUCCCCCAACAAAGCGCCUCCGAGGCCUGAAUAAGGAUGUGGUGACGGCAGUGGCCUUUGAUGACCCUUUUGGAGAUGACGAAGACUUCACACAGGAUGACUUGGAGGAAAUUGACACCAUCGCCUCCCAGGCCAUCACCUCGACGGCUGCAGGGUCGUGGACGGACUCUAAAACUGGGAACAAACAGACGGAGCAGGUCCGUGGGUCAAACUGGCCGUUGUCCACGGACCGGCUGAGCAAACCUCUGAGCAGAGCCACGACCAAUCAGAGGAGAGAAAACACGUUUGAGUUCAACAGUAGCAACAGAGAAAAUGCUGGGACGCCAGGCAGGGAGAAUGUUGGUAACAGGCAGCAGCAGUUUCAGUCGAACAGAGACGACUCGCACAGUUCCCUGGAGGCCCAGCAAGCAGAGCUGAAGAAGAAGCUGAAGGAAAUGGAGGAGGAGAUUGUGCUGAAGAGCGGCGAGAUCCGGAUCCUGAGAGAUUCUCUGAAAGCAGCUCAGCAGGAGAAGGAGGCUCAGAGACAGAACCAGAUCCUGCUGGAGGCCCAGAAACAGAAGGAACAGAGCGACAGGGAGAAGGAGCUCAACAAGAAGGUUCAGUCUCUACAGUCUGAGCUGCAGUUUAAAGAAGCAGAGAUCAACGACAUGAAGACCAAACUACACAGUUCAGAUAAAAUCAAGACGGCCUCUCCACUGCCUAGAAACAGUCCUAAGUUUCAGAUGCAUCAUGGGAGCGGCAGCAGCUCUCCUUCGCCAGCCAGAAAUGGCUUCAUCACCAAAGAGAUGUUUGGGUCCAAGUUAUCAUCCACAGCGACAAAAACGCCAGUGAAGUCACGGAAAGAUGCGGAAAGAGGAGCGUCCACAUCUGGUGACAGACAGGAAGUGUCUCGUCCAGACCCCUUCAUGUCGGUCAGACCUUCACAUCAGCGGCACAGAGGUGGCGUCCUGUUGGGGUUGUUGCUGCAGCAGCCUCUGUCACCCAGCAGCCUCGGCCUCUCUCACCUGCUGUCUAUGAGCCUGACUGAGAGUCGGCUGUCGGGAGGUUUCCUGACCUCAGAUGCUGCUGCCACUGCUGGAGGAGUUGGAGCUCCCAGAGCUGCACUGAGUCCGGUCCAGAGUCUGGCUGUAACUGGACUCAACAUGCUGAGUCAGCACCACCCAGGAGCUACGACCAGCAGCAGAAACAACAACCGGUCGUGUCCUGGAGCCGUCCUCCUCCUGCCUCUGUUGGACCUUCACCUGUCUCAGCUCUGUCAGGCUCUGGAUUCACUCCGCUCCACCUCCGCUCGCAGCAGCGCUCCAGACUCUGCAGCUGCCAGCUCCCUCCCAGCUCACAGUGCUACCGCUGCUGCUACUGCUGCUGCUGCUGCUGCUGCUGCUGCUGCUCCCGCUGGACUCGGGAGACUGGAAGAGACUGGUCUGUCUGGUUUUAGCGUGGAGGACACAGGUUUAGCUGCUCUGAGGCUCCUCCAUCUCCUGCUGGCCCACAGUGAUGAGGUGGUGGAGGCCGUGUUGUCAAAGCAGAGUGAGACGGUCGCAGGCAGCAAGACUAACAAGUCUGCUGCAGGUGCGAGUCUCUGCUCCCAGAAUGCCUUGCUGCAGUCACUGCUGCGGUUGUGUGACGUGGGGCCCGGUGGCAGCGGCCCACAGAGGGAGGAACUUACCCUGAAUGCCUUGAAGACACUGAAUGUCCUCAUUGAGAGGACGCCACACACUCAUAUCGACAGGUUGCAGUGUGUGUUGCAGAUGGUGUGUGCGUGCGUGUCAGCAGACAGCCGGCUGCAGACGGUUUCAAAGUGUGUGUCCAUCCUCACGUCGAUGUCUGACCACCAGGCGCUGGCCAAGCAGCUGUGCUCUCACGACCAGUGUGUUUUCCUGAUGUUGUUCCAGUUCAUCAGAGCCAGGUCUGACGACCAGGCGGUGCACACAGACUGGAUUCAGCUGGACCUGCAGGUGGUUCGUUGGUUGAGCAGACUAUUGACUCAGAGAGCAGAGAAUUGGACCUCCAGCCUCCAGAGCACUUGCCAGUGUUAUAACGAGCUGGUUCAGACCGUGGUGAUCGUUUUCCACCGUCAGUGGUUGAAUCUCCGUGGUUCUCACGAGUCGGCGGCAUCAACAGACCCGACCACGUCCCUGCUGCAGAGCUCCACCUCACCGUUGCCGUGGUGGCGAGGCCCCGCGGCGUCUCUGCUCAGAGAGUGUCUGCUGCUGCUGCACUGGCUGCUGCUGCAUCACGGCAGCUUCUCAGAGAGCUGCAGGCCGCUGCUGCACAAGUACGACCAGGUGAUCCCUGCUGUCCGAGACACGCUGAGGAAGAUCCCAGAUCUGAGUGAGAGCGAAGAGCUGGCCUUGGAGGAGCUCUGCCGCUCAGAGGGCGACGACACCGACGACAUGGACACCGACUCCUGAUUGGCUGCUACCACUUUAGUUUACCGACUGUUGUUUAAAUAAGACAAGACGGAAAGCGAAACAGUGGGUGGAUGAAGGAUUAAAUGUGAGGCAGAGGCGUGACCGAAGUGAUGGACAAGGUCACUGGAUUUAUUUCUACGGUCUGAUCAACUUUAAUGAUAAAGCAACUCAAGGAUAAACUGCUGCUGUCGGCUUCCGUGUUCAACUCUGUAUAUUUACUGUCUCUUUACUGAGCUGAACUUUUAUUUUAUUACUAGUACUGUACACGGACUAAGGGAUGUAUUCUAUUAAUGAUCUGUACUUCUACAAAAAGACACAUGAGAUUUGCUUUUCACUGAGCAGAAAUAUCCACAUCACUUUUUUAUAAGGUGCCAUUUUCACAAAAUAAGCAUUUUUAGGCGGAAGUUUCUGGUGCUGCAAAGAAGAUGGCUAAAGUUUGUAAAAUAUGAAAACAACCAGCACAGUUACUCCUCCUACCUGUCACACAAAGU